AUUAAUAAUUAAAAAUGGUAUCUGUGGAAACAAUUGGAUCAAUAUUCAUCAAGUGUGCCAAAUUGGUCUUGAACUUGAUUAUCAUUAUUCUCUACCGAAUUGGUGAUGGUGGUGAAUUCUUGGGCAUUGGUGGAACUUGGAACCUCAACGAAGAAAAAAGUCCAGAUUGUGAAAUUGUUGCAUCUGGUGUUUUUGUUGGAUUCUUUAUUUACACAGCAGUUCAUUUGAUUGCCUAUUCAUUUGGAACAACUAAACAUAAGCGUGAAUUAUCCGACACAAUCAUGAAUGUUGUUGGUACUUUCAUGUGGAUCGCAGUUGGCGGUACUGCACUUCACUACUGGAAAGGUUACAUGUCUGAUCAAGGAUUUUUGUAUGUAGCAUCUGAAAGACAAGUUGGUAUUGCAAUGGGAUCACUUUGUGUCAUCACUGGAGCUCUUUAUCUAGCCGAUACAGUUUUAGCUUUUGUACAUUUUGCGAAAGGUGAUUCAGAUUAUCAAUAAAAAUAAAUCAGCCAAUCAAACAAAAUAACAAACAAAAAAAAAAACAUAGAAUAAGCUUUCUAAUUCAUUUCAACUUAUAAGUUCAAAUUUAAAAUAAGUUUCUAAUUUUCCCACAAAAUGCAGCAAAAAACUUUGAUUGACAAUUUAUUCCAUUUUUGUUCAAAUAAAAACAAAUUAACACUUUUUUUGUAUAA